CAAAGUAGCAAUUAUUCACUUUCGUAUCGAUCUAGUUAAACGUUCUUAUGAAUUUUACUUUGGUUAUAAAAGUGACAUACGACUAAUUUAAAUACAACACAUUAUAAAAAGCCCAGACGACAAGCCUGCAUGCAAUGGAAAACCGGAAAAAGCAGACAACAAAAUCAGCCAAGUGUGGCGGAUGUAAAAGUGGCAGAAGAAGAAAAAAGAUGACACCUGACGGAGAACAAGAGGAAAAAGAAGUCGAAAUUCUGCUUCCAAACACAACAAUCGUUACACACUGUAUCUUGAAAAAUGAUUCUCAAAGAUUUGUGAGGUGUUUUGAAGAUGAUGAGGAUGCUUUCAAAGACACAGUUGCUGAGUUGAUUAAUCAACGUGGAGAAGAUGGAAAAUCGCCUCUUGAUCUUGCAGCUACUUUAGGACGUGGUGAUAUUUCGAAGGAAUUGAUUCAGCGGGGUGCUGAUGUAUUAGCAGUUAACUGUCAAGGUUAUUGUGCAAUGCAUCAUGCAGCUGCCUGGGGAAAGUUAGGUGUAUUGAAAGUUUUGGUAGAAGCACUAUCAGAUUUACAACAGAAGAACAUUCAUGGAGAAAGACCAAGAGAAACAGCCCUCAGAUAUAACAAAACUGAAUGUGUUGACUUUUUAGACUGGGCUGAAGCUAAAGUUGACCUGCAAAACUUCAUUAAAACAACACAAGAAACUCUGGCAGAUGGAGAGAAAGUCCAAGGGAGGUUAACCAAAGAUGACAAAAACAUCAUUACAAAUACGUGUAAAGAGAAGGCUGAGUGGGUAGAGAGGACAACUGAUGCUACAACUAAAGAUUUUAUUACACAGAAAAUGGCACUUGAGGAAGUAAUCAAUCCCAUCAUGCAAAAACUCAAUGAACCUCUAGAAAUAAGUGCUCUUUCAUUGGCCACAGAAAGGAGCGAAAAAAGGUAAAUAAAAUCCAGAGCAGCUACAGACUAUUUAGAAUUAAGGAGGAGUUUAGUGUGUUACAAGACUUUAUUGAUACAUCAUUAUGUAUUUCGUUAUUAUUUUUUAUUUUAAAAAAUGUUUUGAAUAAAUUGUUGAAAUAA